AUGCUCAAUCGCUGCAAGAGUGCACUUCUAGUGCUACGGCUCUCGUCCACCAACUCUAGCUGGUGGAAAGCCCUACAAGAAUACGAGUGGCUCUCUCGCUGCCGCGAGCCGCGCCCGCAGUUGAGCGGCGAUGCACGACCUGACCCUCUGAUCAGUCAGAUGGCAACUCAGCUAGCCUCUUGUCUCGAAGUCUUAGUCAUCGAGGAUACCCGCGCCCAAAAACUUGCGAUACCGAUGCAUUGGACGGAGACAGCGUCGAGGCUAAGAACACUAGCUCUUAAGGGAUGUAGCUUGCCUUCGUGGGGUCCUUCUCCAUGCUUCAAGAACCUGACGUUCCUCUCCCUCGACUCGCACAGCCAACCCACUCUCUCAGAGCUUGCUGCCACUUUAAGCAGACUACAACGUCUCCAAACGCUUGUGUUGAGCUGCUUAACCAAGGUUGACUCCGGGCAUACACCUUCAUCCGCCCAUCGCGUAGCUUUGUCUCAACUCUGUGGAUUAGUGCUUAUUGGUCGUGGCGCCCAGUGCCUCAACUUGUUGAGCCAUCUAUCUGUACCGACUACAGUCAAGCUCUUCCUGAAAUGCUCCCCAGUUGAGGACGGCACCGACCUCUCUGCUGCAUUGGCAUAUUCGUUGGAGAGCCAGUAUCGAUCCGCUUCUACUCAGUCAGAAUCACUACGUUUUCGAACUUCUUGGGGCCUGCACUUGACAGCAGACCAAACACGUGAGCUAACCGCUUUGGCCGUCCCAAGAUCAAGACCCGGUCAAUUUCUAGAUCCUCAGCUUCAACUCAUGGUCGAGUUCAACAAUAAUCAAACUAGGUCUCGCGUUGUCACGUCGAUUGUAAGGGGGCUGUGUUUACAGCACAUCGAGUUCCUGCAAAUUCAAGGACUGGAUUUCAUUGAUCAACGUCACUGGCGUGACAUAUGGACCGAGCUGCCGUCCUUGAAACUACUUACAUGGAACUUCCCGCACUCUCUUGCUUUCUGCUUGUUUUCUAUCUCUCUGGUGCCGCUAGGUGGCGAGGACACCGCUGACACCGCACAGAAGAAAAUUUACCCGUUACCACAGCUCCAACAGCUAUACCUCACGCAUAUGACGAUGCUAAAUCUAGACUGGGUGGAUCCCAACGCCCAAAUCCCCGAACGCGGAUCAAAGUGUGGUGGAGUGGAGGAGGUGAGGCGUAUCGAGUAA